CCGGCCGUCAGGCUCAGUGUGAGAGAGGCGGUCGCUAAUGUUGGUUGUAUCCCAUAUCGUCUGGUUUCCUUGGUCCCACCCGUGAUGGAAUUAGUUUGUGUAUUCUAAGUGGAUAGUACUACUGACAGAGAAAGUAUACUAUUAGGGUCUUCACAACAUCAGUAUUCCUUAGAUAUAACUGCAGUUCAGUGUGAAAAUAAACUUCAUUAUAUGUUUUUACGGAAAGUGUAACAGAUGAAAGGAGGGUGAGAUAUGAAACUUUAGUGCCAGAAAGUUUACAUUGUUACCUCCGAACAGAUAAACAUUUUCAGCUGUGAGGUGUUCAUCUGAUCAAGUAAGAUACUGGUUGUUGAAGCAAGUUUCCGGAGGCCAGUGGAGUUAGCAGCUCUUUAACAGUAGACAGACAUAAGGGACAGGUAGAGGUGUACAAAGGUGUGUUCCUGUCAAGUUAAAGGGGGGCGGCACUCUCACCCAUCAGCAGCCAUGGGGUGUGCGAUGAGUAAUGCUGCUGACAAAGAAGCAGCAGAAAGAAGCAAAAAGAUAGACAAAGACCUGAGACUUGCAGGGGAACGUGCUGCCAGAGAAGUCAAGCUUCUUCUUUUAGGUGCUGGCGAGUCUGGGAAAAGCACAAUUGUUAAACAGAUGAAGAUUAUUCAUGAGACAGGAUAUUCACGUGAAGAAUGUGAACAAUAUCGUCCUGUUGUAUAUUCCAAUACUAUCCAGUCACUCAUGGCCAUCAUCAGAGCCAUGGGACAACUAAAGAUUGACUUCAGAGACUCCAGUAGAGCGGAUGAUGCUCGACACUUCUUCACAUUGGCAAGUGCAGCAGACGAGGGUGAAUUGACGCCUGAAUUAGCAAACAUUAUGAAACGCCUGUGGAAUGAGAGUGGUGUCCAGCAUUGUUUUAAUCGGUCGAGGGAGUACCAACUGAAUGACUCUGCCGCAUAUUACCUGAAUGCAUUGGACCGCAUUGCACGGCCAGGUUACAUACCCACACAACAAGAUGUCCUUCGCACUAGAGUUAAAACAACUGGGAUUGUUGAGACAAACUUCUCUUUCAAAAAUCUUAACUUCAAAUUGUUUGAUGUAGGCGGUCAAAGAUCAGAGAGGAAAAAGUGGAUCCACUGUUUUGAGGGAGUAACCGCCAUUAUCUUUGUCGUGGCUCUGUCAGGCUAUGACUUAGUAUUAGCAGAGGAUGAAGAGAUGAACAGAAUGAUUGAGAGUAUGAAACUCUUCGACUCUAUCUGCAACAACAAAUGGUUUGUAGAGACCUCAAUAAUUCUCUUCCUGAACAAGAAAGAUUUGUUUGAAGAAAAGAUCACAAAGUCACCGUUGACUAUCUGUUUCCCAGAAUAUCAAGGCAGCAAUGUAUAUGAAGAUUCAGCCAACUACAUUCGUAUGAAGUUUGAGAACCUUAACAAGCGGAAGGACCAGAAAGAAAUAUACACUCACUUCACAUGUGCUACCGACACCAACAAUAUUCAGUUUGUGUUUGAUGCUGUAACAGAUGUGAUCAUCAAGAAUAACCUCAAGGAUUGUGGAUUGUUCUAGGACAAGAUUCUGUGCAUUCAGUGGGUGGGUUGAUUGUGACCCAAGUUGACACGUUGAUUGGGAUCACGUGAGAUAGGGUUCUCUGACCCACCUUCCACAUUCCUAGAUGGUUAAGUGUUUGCACCAAAGUAUUAUUUGCUGGCAGGACACUGUAGCCAGUGAUUUUCAAACAUGCAGAAACUUAAACUAAAACAAGAAUGGAUGUGACUGUAUGUGGAAAAUGUUUGAUGCUGUACAGUUGGACUUUCGGUCUCACCAUGCAAGUGGUAUGUGCAGCGCCCAGUAUAUGUAUAUGAUAAUUGAAUGCAGUAAUUGUGUGAACUUAGUGUGCCAUGUGUUACUUUGGGCCAGUGAUUAUUGUUGGUGUCGUGUGCACAUACACCAGUCAAAUAUUCAACUUUGUAGAAAGUGACAAUAUUGAUUGAUUUUUUCUAAAGUGAUUUUGUACAAGGCAUGUUGGAAAGUUUAUUUUUUGUUUUUGUUUUUGUUUAUUUUACAAAUUUGUUUGAUACGUCCAUAAGUGUAGCUAGGAUAUUACCUUAUGUCUGCCAAUAUGUGACAUGUAGCUAACAGUCAUAGAUAAUACUUUGAGACUUCUUACUGACCAAUAAAUACAAGCAUCAGUAUCACCUUUUCAAGCCCCAUCUUCAGUUCUUGUCACAAAUGUAAUUACAAAGGCAAGUUUGCGCCUUGUUUUAGUUUAUCCGAGUGACACAAAAGUUUCUUUUGUAUUAAGGCAAAGCUCUUAUUGACAUUGUUAAGCAGACUGGAUGUAACAGAAAAGUUUCUUCCUGUAUGGGACGAGUCUUCAAGAUAGUUGUUACAGGAUAAGUAGUGCCCAUAAUGCUGGCCAUAAAGUGCCAAAGUUUGAAAAUUUUCUGUUACAUUAGUUUUCCUUACUAUUGAUUUGCAUGGAUACAGCAGAGUGUAUCCUUUAUGCUUGUAGAGAUAUAUUUAAUCCAUAUUAUAUGGAGUCUAUUUUGGUAUUUCUUAAUAUUCUUAUUCACUUGUGAUUUUAUUCUGCAUAUUCAUGAAGUAGAGCUUAUUUGACAGCAGGAGGUAUUAGGGGCCAUAAAAAUAUAUCCAUAUUUUGAUUUGCUUGUGUGGAUGUGAACCAGUGGGUGUUUGUGCAAUACCUAAGUUUGAUUUGUCAGUGGUAUGUUUGGAACCUAACCCCCCCUGUCAUCAUCUCCUUACCCCAACCUAGACCAAGACUAAUGCACUUGUCACUGCCACCAGGGAUGUUUUUGUAAAUUAUGAAAGAUGAUUAAAAUGGAGAUUUAUAAAUUAAAAUCUACAUUCACAUAAAGUAUACUAACUGAAUCAUGAAUAUUAAUUUUUUUUAACUUGUUAGGGCAUACUGUUUGCAAAAGUUUACACUCUUAGUCUUAGCAUUUUAUUGUUAUUUUAUGAGCAUAUUUGAAGGGUAGACCCUUGUGGCCAAUAUCUCUGGUGCUUUCACCUUGAUGCUAGUCUGGUCUAAUCUGUGGCAUUCCUCUGUCCUUAUGCAAAUCUUUCUUCAGUGUGUUUCUCUUUCAUUCUACUGUGUAGGCCACACUUCCACUGCUGUGAGUGGAGGCAAUCUAUGGGUGUGGAAAUGAGUUAUCUUUACUAUUUUUAAAUAUUUUUUCUUUGUAAUCUUUCCUUAAUUGCUUUAUAAUGUUUCAGCACAAGGGAUGUGUGUGUAUAACAGAGUAAUGUGCUGUGGUGUGUAAGAUGAUGGUAGGUAGAGUGGAGUGCCAGAUUCUGGCUAUGGCAACUACUCAUGAUUUGAAUCAGCCAUAAAUAGUUAUUCAUUUUGUUGCAGUCCAUACACAGAUAUAAAACUGAACUACAAGCGACUUAAUAUUGUUCCAGUGCUUUAGAAGUCUUGGUGGAUAUUGGAAAGAUUACACAUCAUAUCAUGUACAUAAACAGAUGUUACAGGUACAGUUGGCAUCACUAUAUUGUAUUUUAUCUUCAGACUACUGGUAUAGUGUGAUUUUUGUAAUCAUCUGUAGUAGGGCUAAGUUUUCAUAGAAUGUAAAUAAUCAUUAACCUGAAAACAUAGAUUUAAUACUAGAUUUAUUUUUGUCCAUUUGAAUGAGAAUAGAAUAUUUUUUACAUACUGUAAUAUUGAACUAUUAAUGCACUUCAUUUUGAAAAAGUAUGUUAAAGUAUUAUAUUUCACAUUGUCAGUAAUGCAAGAUAAUUAAAUUUUUAUAAGAUUGUCAAUAUGUAAAAAUCUUUUAAGAAAAUCCUGGAUUGAAAAUACAUCAGAACUUAAUGGUUUAAGAUUUGUUUUACAUUUUAAAUUACAUUACAGUUAUGCUUUAAGGAAUGCACAGUGUACAUUUGUAUCACCUAUAUGUACAACUAAACUUGUGGAGAUCAUCAGGUCUAAGUAAUGAUAAUGCAAUAACUAAUAUUGUUCCACAUUUGUUCAUGUAUUUCAUUUCUACUCAAAAUGUUGGUUCAUGCAUGCUAUAUAUAUAUAUAUAUAUAUAUAUAUAUAUAUAUAUAUAUAUAUAUAUAUAUAUAUAUAUAUAUAUAUAUAUAUAUAUAUAUAUAUAUAUAUAUAUAUAUAUAUAUAUAUAUAUAUAUAUAUAUAUAUAUAUAUAUAUAUAUAUAUAUUGCAGCCAUGUUUUUCAAAGUGCAGGGGAUAUUUUUGGACACGUGUGAGGAAGACACUGCACAUGGCCAGCCAGUCCGUAAGUCUUCAAGGGAACAUAACUUCAAAGGUAUAGAUUAAAGCUCAAUAAAUUUUCAGUUUACUUUCCUCCAACUUUAGAAAUUUUAAGGGUGGAUAUGUUAUUGGGAAAAAAUACAGUACUGUUAUUGUAAAUGUUAAAACAAAAUUACAAGAAAAGCAUAUCUACUGUAAAAUAACUAGCCAGAUAUUGGGUAGUUAUAACAUUGAAUGGACAUGCAGCAUUGUAUUGGAUCAGUAUUAACUAAAGUAUCAUAAUGGGAUCACCUUUCUUUGUGAGGAACUAUUAAAACUUGAUAAAUUAACAUGCAGGAAUAUGAAUUUGGGGAGGGGGUGGGGGGCACACAUCCAUGAAUUUCAAUUGCCAGAAUCUAGAUGCCAUUGAUACUCAGUUAUGUACAUGUAUAGAUAAUGAUACAGUAGGUAGUUCAUGUAGUUGGUAGUGACUGGAUAUUUGCCAAAUAUUUUAUGGUGAUGUUGGUUGCCAGUUGACAUUAUUAGUUAGCAAUUAUUUUCAGCAUUUGAUAUUCUUGUCUCGAGUAUUGGGCAUUUUUCUCCCAGGUCAUUCUUUCCAACAGUUACAUAUGCAGUUAUUGGUUUUUUUUAUAGUGUUACCAGUACUGUGUUAUAACAUACAAUCUCAAAAUUUAUUAGUAAUAUGUGAAUGUAAAGUUUCAGUGAAGCUUAUGUUCAUGAAUACAUCUUGUAACACAAAAAUACGGUAGUAUAUCAACAUAUAAUAUGUGACAUACUUUAGGUUUAGGUCUAAGUAGUGCUCACCAUAUUUUAGAGACAAUCAAGGUUAUACUUGUAAUACAGUAUAUACUUUAUACAUUAAAGUUUUAAAAGUUAAUGAUUGGAUAUAUUUGCUACAUUAUUGUGGGAAUUACACUUUCCCAUCCCAUUUCUUUGGCCAAAAGAAGAUUUAAUGAUCAUAUAUUUCAUCAACGAAGGCAUUAUAUUUUCAUAUUUUUGACAUCGCAUUUAAAUUUUUAAUACACAAACAAUCAGCACAACCUUUGAAGUAAUAUUCAUAUCUUUAUUCUUGUACAGGUAUUGCCUAAAAUAAAUGAUGACAAUUCUU